GGCCCUUUCCCACUCGCCUAGGGAACCCUCCGUUACAAACAGCAGGCAACACUGAGGGUCCCAGCUCCCCCAUCCUGCUAAGUUUUCUUCUCCUUCUAUGACAGCCCUGGAGUUCUAACCUACAUAGAGGCCCAGGAAUCUGAACCAGAACCCAGAGCAGAACAAAAGACAUGUAGGGAAGAGGAGACACUCCCUAAUCCUCAGCCUUCAUGGAGCGGCCUGAGCCAAGCAGUGCCGCUGAAAGCUCCCUGACCUCCUGGAGCACAUCAGGCUCACCAGCCUCUACAGCCACCCCCGUCUCACCUGCCUUUACAGCUACCCCUGUGGUCUCACCAGCCUCUACAGCCAUCCCUGUGGUCUUACCAGCCUCUACGGCCACCCCUGUGGUCUCACUAGCCUCUGCAGCCACUCUUGUGGUCUCACCAGCCUCUGCAGCCAUCUCUGUCAUCUCACCAGCCUCUACAGCCACCUCCUCAGCCUCUGCAGCCACCCCAGCUGCCCAAGCCCAUCCGACUCUCCCUUCCUCAUCUUUGGUGUAUUCACAAGUGUCCAGGAUCAUUGCCUCCAGGAAACAGAGGGCAGGGAUAUGGUUUCCUCACCUCGGUCUGAUUGAAAAAACUCCAGAGUCCACCACCACCGCCAUGCUGAAGCAGCCUUUCCUCCCAGAAAGUAAGCGGAAGAUGGAGGAGCGGCUGCCUUCACGCUACCAGCUCCGCCAGCAGCAAGCCAACAAAAGCAGCUUCCCAUUUUCAGUGCACGAUAACAGGCGUGGCUUGGAAUUCUGUGGCCACGGUCUGGACGAGGAUUUUUGACAUAUUUUGUGCCAUUGUGACAGGAAGCGAUACCUGUGACCAUAAUGAUAAAGGGGCUGCAUUUGGUCUUGAAGCUCCACCCUAGGCCAUGGAUGACUUAUUCCUAUCUCUGCAGCCCUCUUUGUUCAACCUUUAUGGAUUAAGAUCUUUACAACAUCAGCCAUGAGGAUGAAAUACAAAAUGAAGGAUGAAAUUAAAGACAUGCUUACAGAGAAACUUCGUUAAUAGCUUUUGUUUUCUGCCUGACUUUAAAUAUGCCUUAAAUAUAUUAACAGUCCAAUAGUUUAUUGAUCAGAAAAGCUGGAUUUUGAAUGGAGAGCUCAUGUUUGCCUUUAGAUUAUGAGGUGAUUCAUUUGAUAACUGGCCAGGACACACUUGCAUCCCAAGCUGACAAGGCUGAGUGCUGAAGGAGUGCAGAGACACAAGCAUCAGGAAAUCUGGCUUUGUUUCAGUGGCAAGACGCCCCAAGUUCACGUUUAUGAAUGUAUAAUACAGAGUUGCCCAUGUUUUUAAUCUUUUCUCCUCCAGCUUCUUACUCCUAUCAUAAAUAGGAAUCAAGUAACUUGCAGAGGGCAAUUAGGGCUUUGGCUGAGGGCGUCAACAUGGGGAGGAGGCUUCCUGGGAAGGAAGGGGGUCAGUUCUUCUUCCUUGUUGUGACUGGUAUCCCUGGCUUCAUUUUGCUGUCUACUGCUGACUGGCUCAGCCAGGUUGUGUGAAUCCUGUGCCCUGCCCUUGUUAAACAGAUCUCUCGUUGAACAAACUUUACUCACUGUUGCUUUGGUGCUCUGGAACUCGGUGGACACCACGGUGCACAGAUCACCGAGUCUGAAAUCAAGAAGAUCUGAGUUCAAAUCCAGCCUCAGAUGCU